AUGGCGGACCCAUCGCUGUACCAGUUAAAAGUUACUGGCGGCCCAGAUUAUAAGGAUCAGCGAGAGAUUAAAGUGAACACCGCCGAGUCUCUUAACUUUUCGUCACAGCAUCUUGACGUGCGAGUAUACGUGCGAGUGAAGGAAUUUAGAGGCUUACCAAAGGGUUCGCCAUCGGAUUGUAGCUACUUCAAGCAUCCUGCGCAUACAAAUGAUCGCUACUCAAUCUCUUUCACCUUUGUGCCGAAAUCAACCAUCAACGGUGACGAUCUAGUCUUUGGCAACGAUUUCGAUCAUCCGAUACGCGACCGACUUCCUCCGCUGUUCGACAAGGCUUUCUCGAUAGUGAAGGGCUGGAUAGACCCCGGGUUGUACGGAGACCCAUACGCCGACGAACCCUACCUCUACGGCCCGCUGCUGAGCAGCGUCAAUGUGUUACGAAUAGGACAGAAGACUCCAAGUAGUAAUGAGAAAACUCCAGAGGUGGAGGCAGAAGAAGAGCUGGAGGACUCGGGACCCGUCAUUGAGGAGGGCGCGGACGAUGAGGAAGGCGAAGACAUCAGAAGCAAAUAUGGCAUACCGGCGUUGAAUACAGCGAGGCAAAAACACUUUCUGAACGAAGAGAACAGAAAAGUCUUCGAGUUUGAACAAGGCAGGACGUACGGAUGCGACUUCUUCAACCCGUACUUGGACUUCAACAAAUUUGCGCUGCGCCUACCGCUGGGCUUCACGCUCAGCAUACUCGGCCAUUGGGACGGCCAACCGCUCAGAUACGUGCUGCGCAACCGCAAGACGGACGAGGUCCUUUUUGUCGUGAACAUUGCGCUGAUACCUUCGGAGAACGAGGUUGUCGUAGACGAUGAUGAUGAUCAAGAGAGUGAAGAGGUUAAAGCGACCGAGGCAGAGGACGAGGAUCUCGAUUGA